AUGGAGAGGAAUGCUCUGGGACGGCUUCGGGGUUCCCAAAACGCCCCACCGACUUGGCUCUCCACGAGGACCCGGCUUGCGUUCCUUGCCCGAGCCCAGCGCGCGUCGUGCUCGGAAGCAAGCUUCUCGUGGCUCUGCAAAAGACACGUGGCCACGUUGUUCCUUUGUAACCAGAGAACUUUGCACCCGGAGUACGCGCCCCUAGUUGGUCUUGCGGAAACCCCCGAACCAGAGCCCUUCAAGGGCCCCACAGACGAGUUGCAGAACGGCAUACAAUUCCUGCACGUGGGCCGGGAGAUCCGGGUGGGGCAGAUUGAAGACGGCGACCUGGCGGAUUUAGGCGGACUGGCAGAGAGCAUCGGCUUCACGGCUGACGUCACUCGCUGGUCGGUGCACGAGUUCCGGGCAGCGCAAGUAGGCGGGGAGGGUUUCCAAACGCAGGAGCACCAAGCCACGAAGGCUCGACACUCUUUCAACGUUCAAGCGCGGGUGCCGAUCGGGAAGGGGGGGCAAGCCAAGGCCGCGUAUGCGACCAUUCUGCGGUUCCUAAGACUUUCAGAUGACGUCACGGGAGAGCAGCUGCGGCUGGUUAAGCUGACCGUCUACGGGCAACCGAAGCAGGAGAGGGGUUUGGAGGUAAUCGACGCAAGCCAGCCACUACUUGCCGGGAAGUUCUUCGACGCGAGUUGUCUCCUAACCAAGUUCAUCUUCGCCAAGGAGAAAGGGAACGAGAGCAGGACGUUCGUUCUCCCUUGUCAUUCCCGAGGACUUUGA